UGCUUCACGCUCCUGGCCCUGGGCAAACGCCCAUUUUUAUGAAAGGAGGAGUUUGGCAGGGAGGAGUCGCUGCUCUGCGAAUUGGCAGCGAUAGCGGGACUCUGGGCGGGUUGCAGAGGGCGGAGAGGGGGGUGAAGCUACGCUCGCUCGCUUGCUUGCUUGCCUGCCUGGGCUUCCCCCUCCCACCCCCCGGUUCCUGUCUGCGCUUCUUCGGCUUGCAAAAGGUUGCCUUGACACGGAGCCAGGCCGAGGCAACGAUCUAGGCACAGGAGGGCUUCACCCAAUUGCCCGAGAUGUCAGAAGAGGUCAUUGUGCCUAUCUAUUGCACGGGGGUCUCCGCUCAGGUCCAGAAGCAGCGGGCCAAAGACCUGGGCUUGGGUAAAAACGAGAAUGCAAUCAAGUACCUGAACCAGGAUUACGAGAGGCUUCGCAACGAGUGCUUGCAGAGUGGAGCCCUUUUCAGGGAUGACACCUUCCCCGCCACGGCCUCUUCCCUGGGUUUCAAGGAGCUUGGGCCGAACUCCUCCAAGACUUACGGAGUCAAGUGGAAACGGCCUACGGAACUGUGCCGCAACCCUCUCUUCAUUGUGGAUGGGGCGACCCGCACAGACGUCUGUCAAGGAGCUCUGGGUGACUGCUGGCUCCUGGCCGCCAUUGCCUCCCUCACCCUGAAUGACCCUCUUCUGCACCGCGUUGUCCCCCAUGGGCAGAGCUUCCAGAAUGGGUACGCUGGCAUCUUCCACUUCCAGAUCUGGCAGUUUGGCGAGUGGGUCGACGUGGUGGUGGAUGACCUCCUCCCAACCAAAGAUGGCAAGCUUGUGUUUGUCCACUCCGCAGAAGGCAACGAAUUCUGGAGCGCCCUGCUCGAGAAAGCUUAUGCCAAGGUGAACGGCUGCUAUGAAGCUCUUUCGGGAGGGAGCACCUCAGAAGGGUUCGAAGACUUCACGGGAGGCGUCACUGAGUGGUACGACCUACAAAAACCGCCCAGCGACCUCUUCCAGAUCAUCUUAAAGGCCCUGGAGAGGGGGUCUCUCAUGGGUUGCUCCAUUGAUAUCACAAGUGCUUUUGACAUGGAGGCUGUCACUUUUAAGAAGCUGGUGAAAGGCCACGCCUAUUCCGUCACUGGAGCUGAGCAGAUCAACUACCGAGGGCAGAGGGUUAACCUGAUACGGAUGCGAAACCCGUGGGGGGAGGUGGAGUGGACUGGAGCUUGGAGUGACAACUCUGGGGAAUGGAACGCUGUGGAUCCAUCUAUAGGGCAGCAGCUGAGAAUUAAAAUGGAAGAUGGAGAAUUCUGGAUGUCCUUCCAAGACUUCCUCCGGGAAUUCUCCCGCCUUGAGAUUUGCAACCUCACGCCAGACGCGCUGAAGUCACGCAAGUUCCGGAAGUGGAACACAACGCUCUACGACGGGACCUGGCGGCGGGGGAGCACAGCUGGCGGCUGCAGGAACUACCCAGCAACCUUCUGGAUUAACCCCCAGUUCAAAAUCCGCUUGGAAGAGGUGGACCACGAUGACGACGAGGACAGGAGGGAGCCGGGUUGCAGUUUCCUCCUGUCUCUGAUGCAGAAACACCGGCGCCGGGAGAGGCGGUUUGGCAAGGACAUGGAGACCAUUGGCUUUGCUGUCUACGAGGUGCCUCCUGAGUUCAGGGGGCAGACCUCCGUACACCUGAAGCGCGACUUCUUCCUGUCGAACUCCUCGCGGGCGCGAUCUGAGCAGUUCAUCAACCUGCGCGAGGUCAGCACCCGCUUCAAGCUGCCGCCGGGGGAGUAUAUCGUGGUGCCUUCCACCUUUGAGCCCAACAAGGAAGGGGACUUCGUGCUCCGGUUCUUCGCAGAGAACAAAGCCGGGACAGUGGAAAUGGACGAUGAAAUCCAGGCAAACCUCCCAGAUGAGAAAGUGCUUUCAGAAAGCGAGAUUGAUGCUAGCUUCAAGCAACUCUUUAAGCAGCUGGCGGGGGCGGAUAUGGAAAUCAGUGUUCGUGAACUGCAGACUAUCCUCAACAGAAUCAUAGGGAAACAUAAAGACCUUCGGACGAAAGGGUUCAGUUUGGAGUCUUGUCGGAGUAUGGUGAACCUCAUGGAUAGAGAUGGAAAUGGGAAACUUGGAUUGGUGGAGUUCAACAUCCUUUGGACCAAAAUCAGGAGCUAUUUGGCAGUCUUUAGGAAGUUCGAUUUGGACAAGUCGGGGAGCAUGAGUGCCUACGAGAUGCGGAUGGCUCUGGAGGCUGCAGGCUUCAAGCUGAACAAGAAACUGUAUGAGCUAAUCAUCACCCGCUACGCUGAACCUGAUCUGGCCAUCGACUUUGACAAUUUUGUCUGCUGCUUAGUGCGACUUGAAACCAUGUUCCGGUUUUUCCAAGCACUGGACUCAGACAAGGAUGGAAUCGUCACCUUUGACUUGGUUAAGUGGAUACAACUAACCAUGUUUGCCUGAAGAAGAAACAGCACCAUCCCUGCACGGCUGUCUGGCCCUUCUCCUCGGACAUCUUUUGUGCUUUCGUUGUUUUUACC